AUGCUAAAAAUGUAUUCCAAAUACAGUAAAGUUAUAGAGUUUGACAAACUCACUGACCCCACACAAACAUGGGAUCUUCAAGAACUGAUUGGCGAAGGAACCUACGGGGAGGUAUAUGCCGUAAAAAACAAACAAACAGGCCAAUUAGCGGCAGCUAAAAUAAUGGAAAAUAUCCAUGAAACAGUUGAGGAAAUCGAACAGGAAUACCAAAUCUUAAAGGCUGUGAGUUGCCAUCCAAACUUUCCACAGUUUUAUGGAUUGUACCUCAAAAAGGAUACAAAAAUGGAUGAUCAGUUAUGGAUUAUCAUGGAGCUUUGCACAAAUGGUUCAGUGACUGAUCUAUCAAAAGAUCUUGUCACCCAGAACAGAAGAAUGGAUGAGGUCCUAAUUGCCUUUAUUUUGAGAGAAACAUUAAAAGCCAUCAAUUACAUGCAUAAAAACCAUUACAUUCAUCGAGAUAUCAAAGGACAUAACAUUCUGAUGACAAAUGACGGAAGCAUCAAGCUGGUAGAUUUUGGUGUAUCUGGCCUGCUAAAGAGCACACUGGCUCCUCGGAGGACAUCUGUUGGUACGCCCUAUUGGAUGGCACCUGAGGUAAGAGAAUUUCAAUCAAUAAUAGACAAUGUUUAUGGCACUUCUGAUCAGUAG